AUGGCGGAAAUGAUGAUUGACAAGCUUCAUUUCACCAAUCCUUCCAUGAGAUCUUUUGAUCUCGAAAUCAGCGCCAUCAUCGACCCGGAACUCGACAUUGGCUGGAUCAGCAAUGUGACAGUCUCCCUCUUCUACCCUCGACGCCUUAUUGGCGAAAAAACUCGUCGCAAAACAUACAUCAUUCCCGACGAGGACAAUAAAGAAUAUAUCCGUUUCCAGGGGGUGAAAAUUCGGGAUAUGAUAGGAUUCAAGGCUUUUAUGGAACGCUUGAUGCCCAAGUCAGAAAUCAUCCGUCAGGGAGAAGGCCAAACGCUUAUCACUGCCGCAGUGGACAAAGACGAGAAUGGCCAUAAUCUCUCGGUGGCUAUAGAUCUAAACGACAUAUCGAGCGUUACUAUUUCGAAAGUAGACUGCCAGGUCGCUGACCAGGCACUUACACUCACAUUCAGAGUAUCGAGUUCGAAUCCGGUUGAUUUGCCUUUCGGAUACUGCAAGUUCUCGUUGAAAAAAGACGAAACGCUUCUGGCUUCAUUGGAGGGUCACUUUAAUAUUUUGCCUGAUUAUUGCGACAUUACCUUAACAGGGGAUUGUGAAGCUACUACCGUCAAGCUUGCUGGAACGGCGAUUUUGAAGGGAGCCCUGGCAUUUGACCACGCUGGUAGUUGGAUUGAUCGUGCUAUCCAACUCUUUGAAGUUGAAGUCGACCUGGAUAGGCUACAGCGAAGUUGA